GCACCACUCCGGGCCCAAGCCUCUCCCCGCCCCGCCCAUCCCGACCCCUGCUGUCGGGAAACGGAGACCCGGCGGCUGCGGUGGACUCAGACGGGAUCGAGGCAAGGUCAGCGGCGGACGCGCGCGGAGGGCGUCCGUGUGCCCGCCCCGUGUGCCGGGUGUGCGGCUGGGACUCCCGCGAGCUCGCUAGAGGGCUCCCUGGAAUAUCCAGAAGUUGAUUCCAUCAUGGCUGAGCUCAAGGUGGAGACACGGACCAGCAUGGACUGGCAGACACGCUGCGUGGCCCUGGAAACCCAGCUUUUCCGGUUCCGCCUACAGGCCGGCAAGAUAAGGGAGCUGCUUGCUGACAAGAUGCAGGAGCUGGAGCAGAGGCUGCAGGAGGCAGAGCAGAGAGCAGAGAACGCGGAGACCCAGGUGAGUGUGAUGGAAGAGAAGGUGAAACUGUGCAAUCUGAAGGAUGUGGGUUCAGCAGGCAGCCUGCACCAGAAGUACCAAGAACUGCUUAAAGCCAUGCAGAGCAAAGAUGAGCUUAUCGGCCAACUGGAGGCGCAGCUGGAGAAGCAGAGGCAGAUAAGAGCUGAGGAAGCAAAAAUUAUACAAGAAAAAGCUGCAAAGAUCAAGGAAUGGGUGACGCUCAAGUUAGCAGAGCUGGAGAUGGAGAAUCAGCACCUGAAAAGCUGCAAUCAGCACCUGGCGGAGCAGGUGAGAGCCCUUCAGGAUGCUCUGGAAGGUCUUCACAUGGCACCCGCAGAGAAGCUGCUGGUGGUCCCCCAGGGAACCCCAGAGGAGGACUCUGUCCCUUCAGGGCCAGGAGCCCAGCUGAUGUGGCAGGACAGUGGUCCUCACGCCCCGGAUGCUCCGAAGGCGGCUCUGCCUGCACCUUCUCCAGUCCCUCUGCAGAGUCGGGACUCUAAACCUGUCCCCAAAGUGGGAAGCCCCGUGGAGGAGCGCAGUUCCAUCAUGGUCCGUCCUGGGCGUAUAUCACAGGCCAAGACCCCUCCACCUUGUCUGGGAAGAGAAGGGUCUCCUGACCAGCUGGUACCGACUGCCAGAGAUGAUUUGGCUUCCUGGAAGGAGAUCCUGGCCACUGCUCAGGGAGGGCCGCUCCUUGGGACCAAGACCUCUGCGAGGGAAGGCGGCCCGGGCUGCAGCCUGACGCUGCCAAAGGUGCGGGCUCCCAGCACCCCUCAUGACAGUAUCCAGCUGGCCAAGCGACACCACAGCCAGCCCCAGGUGGGUCCUGGGCACUUCAACCGCAUGGUGAGCAUUGAGAUUGGAACCCUCUCCGCCCUGCAUCCCUCCCGCCUUUCCGACGUGGCCGCCCUAGUUGAGUUCCAGGAGGAACCGGAGAAGAUGGAGAUGGACAAGCAACUUCAAGGCAGCAGGAAGGAGGAAAAAGAGGGCCUGAUGGCGGCAGGAGCUGAGCUGGAGGAAGUGGAUUCUGGGAGCAAACCACCCACACCCCCCUUGCACAGGUUUCCGUCCUGGGAGAGCCGGAUCUACGCUGUGGCCACGUCAGGCAUGCAUCUCUCAGACGCAUCUCCCAGGAGCAAUGCCACCUGCUGCGGUUCAAGGCCUCCUGCCCUUUGGUCCCCUGGGCCUUUCUCUGGCCUUGUCCACAGGAACUGCACAGCGCCUGUCUACACAGCCCUGAAGGGGAGAGCCACGCAGAUCAGCAGCGUGCCCUUUGUGGACGACUCCUCUGGGUCCGACGAUGACUGUAGCUCGCAGGCGAGUUUCCGGACGUCAGUCUCCUGCUCAGAGUCCAGGAAGACCAGUGGACUUGGCAGCCCCCGGGCUAUCAAGAGAGGUGUCUCCAUGUCCUCCCUGAGCUCUGAGGGCGACUACGCCAUCCCCCCAGACGCCUGCUCCCUGGACAGCGACUACUCAGAGCCUGAGCACAAACUGCAGCGCACCUCGUCCUACUCCAUUGAGGGGCUGAGCCUGGGCCCGGAGGCACUGGAGAAGUCGGGCUACCUGCUGAAGAUGGGGAGUCGGGGGAAGACGUGGAAGAGGCGCUGGUUUGUCCUGAGACAGGGGCAGAUUCUGUACUACAAGUCCCCGAGUGAUGUCAUCCGGAAACCUCAGGGUCAAGUGGAACUGAACUCCCACUGCCAAAUUGUUCGAGGGGAGGGUGCCCAGACAUUCCAGCUCACUUCUGAGAAGAAAACCUACUACCUGACGGCCGACUCGCCCAGCCUGCUGGAGGAGUGGAUCCGAGUCCUGCAGAGCCUGCUGAAGGUCCAGGCCAUUGGGCCUCCUGCCCCGUCUCAGGGCGGCGCCAAGCCCACCGUGAAGGGCUGGCUGACCAAGGUGAAGCAUGGCCACUCCAAGCUGGUGUGGUGUGCUCUUGUUUCGAGAACCUUCUACUACUAUCGGACCCAUGAGGACAAGCAACCCCUGGGCCACCUGCCUGUGCAGGGCGCACUCAUAGAGGAAGUGGAUCGGUCCUGCGACUCUGACGAGGACUACGAGGCCGGAGGAACCCGGUGGCUGCUGUCCUCCCACAGCACCCUGGUGAUCCAGCCCCCAGAGCACAGCCCCACCUACCUCCUCAUUGGCACCAAGCACGAAAAGGAUACCUGGCUUUACCAUCUCACAGUGGCUGCAGGUGGCAGCAGUGCCAGGGUGGGGACCGCCUACGAGCAGCUCAUUGGCAAACUGAUGGAUGGUGAGGGAGACCCAGACUCCCCCAUCUGGAGGCACCCCGUGCUGUGCUACAGCAAAGAGGGGCUGUACACUUCCCUCACCACCCUGCCCUCCGAGGCCCUGCAGACAGAGGCCCUCAAGCUCUUCAAGUCCUGCCAGCUCUUCAUCAAUGUGCCCAUGGAAGCCACCUCAGUGGACUACCACGCGUCCCUGGCCCAGAGGGCCCUGCAGGUCUGCCUGGUUCACCCCGAGCUGCAGAGCGAGAUCUACUGCCAGCUCAUGAAGCAGGCCAGCUGCCGCCCACCUCAGAAGCCCUCGCUCACACAGUGCUGGCAGCUCCUGGCCCUGUGCACCCCACUUUUCCUGCCUCAGCACCACUUCCUCUGGUACAUCAAACAGCAGCUCCAGCGCCAUGCAGACGCCAGCAAUGAAACUGGCCAGUAUGCCAUCUACUGCCAGCGGGCAGUGGAGCGGACCCUGCAGAUGGGGGAGCGGGAGGCCAGGCCGUCUCGCAUGGAGGUGAUGUCCAUCUUGCUGCGGAACCCCUUCCACCACUCCUUGCCCUUCAGCAUCCCCGUGCACUUCGCCAACGGGACCUACCAGGUGGUCGGCUUCGACGGCUCUUCCACCGUCGAGGAGUUCCUCCAGCGGCUGAACCAGGAGACAGGCAUGAGGAAGUCAUCCCGCUCUGGCUUUGCCCUCUUCACAGACGACCCUUCCGGCAGGGACCUGGAGCACUGCCUGCAGGGCAAUGUCAAGAUCUGCGAUGCCAUCUCCAAGUGGGAGCAGGCCCUGAAGGAGCUGCACUCUGGGAAGUCUGAGGGUGGCACUCGAGUCGUGAAGCUGAUGUACAAGAACAGGCUGUACUUCCGGAGUCAAGUCAAAGGGGAGACGGAGCGAGAACGUCUGCUGCUUGCCUUCCAAACCAGUGGAGAGAUCGUGGCAGGCAGGUUUCCUGUCAAUAAGGAACUGGCUCUGGAGAUGGCUGCCCUAAUGGCCCAGGUAGAGUUCGGGGACUUGGAGAGGUCCCUCCCACCAACUCCUGGGAACACACCCCAUUCCAAGGCCCAACAUCACCUACAGCAGGUCCUAGACAGGUUCUACCCGAGGCGCUACAGAUACGGGGCACCCCCUGAACAGCUGAGGCACCUGGUAGAUCAGCUGACCACAAAGUGGGCCUCACUGCAAGGCUGCUCCUCUCCAGAGUGCAUCCGCAUCUACCUGACAGUGGCCCGGAAGUGGCCCUUCUUUGGUGCUAAGCUCUUUGCUGCUCAGCCUUCCAAGGAGAACACUCUGGUGUGGAUUGCUGUGAACGAGGACGGCGUCAGCAUCCUGGACCACAACACUAUGCGAGUGCACGCCACUCACCCCUACUCUUCAGUGAUGACCUUCGGUGGCUGCCGCGAUGACUUCAUGCUUGUGAUUAGGUCCAUUCCAGACCAGAGCUCUGGGAAGGGCCACAUUGAGAAGCUGAUCUUCCGGAUGGCCGCUCCCAAGAUUGCAGAAGCUACUUUCAUCACAGCCAGCUACAUGAACCACUGUCCCAUAACUGUGAACCCACCCAACUACCCACCUGCUACCCACCAGCCAUGGCAACUGGGUGGACAGCAGUUCUCUGCCUCUAUUCCACGUGCUGCCAAGAGGCCAACGUUGCUGUGAAUGUGUCUCCGACCCCUUUCCCCACCACCACCUGGUACCUCCUGGGGUUGGAGACGUGUGUCCCGGGGCAUGAUACUACUGUGACGGGGCUAACGGCCCUCCCCUCGCCCCGCCCUGGUUUGUUCCGUGAAAUGUGUAUUUCAGUGUCCGGAAAGCCUUUACUCUCCAGGUGCCUUAUAAUGUUUCCGGGCCCCACUUUUAAAAAUCCAGACCCAGUAUAAAACCACUUCUCCCCCACAAGAAUCCUGAGCUCUAGACGGUGCCUACUUCUAGACACAGACAGGGGUGUUACUGGUGGCUGAGGGCAUCGGUGCUGUCGGUGCAGCUUUCCCCGCUAACACCCCUGGGAGGCUGGUAUUCUUUACACUGUACACGGUCCUUAGGUGGAGAUUUAUACUUGAAGUUUCCCCAACACCCCUGAAUAGGACUCGAAUUCCCAAUUCGCCUGAACUCUGACCAAAGCCUAGAACUCACUAAAACUGGACUUCCUUUCCCAUUUGGAGGAAAGGAAGAGUCCUCUUCCCCCUCCCCCCACUGCAAACGAGUCGGCAUUCCUGCGGUGCUCCUUCCGGGCCGCUGCUCCCGGCUGUGCAGGAGGAGGAGCUGGCUCUCCCGCUGGGACUGAAGCGGCUCUCCCUCAUGCUGGACUCCCUCACACUGGACUGUGAGCCCACCUGGGCACCAGCACGGGCACAGGCAGCGGGCAGGCCUCACCUGACCUCUCCGUGUCUCAUUUUAACUACUGGACAGGGCUCAGUGAAGGCUGGGCUCGCUUCACUACUAUAGGACAAGGUGGUCACCACUUGUUUCCCUGCUCUUCGGAAGACCAAGCAAAUGCACUCUGCUGGGUGCUGCUCCGUGAGCCCCCAAAGACGAGUCAGAGACAGAAGACCCUUCCAGGCUCACGGGCCUGGAUUCGCUCCUCACGACUUCUGGCGAACUUCCGCCGGGAAUUGGUUUGAGGGCAGAGGACACCUGACAUCUGUCCUAGCCUAAGAGCAUCAGGUGAACGAAAUCGAAGGUUUCCUUCACCUUUUGCCUUCUUAACGAUACCAGUAUCCCAACACCUCCAACUGAGAUCUUCUGUUGCGUACAGAGAUGAUCUUUGUCUCCACCCUCCCCUAACAGGAAAAAGGACAAAAGAGUCCAUUGGUACUCUUGACUUCCCAACACUGGAGAAACUGAGUUUUAUUUGAGCCUGCCAGCUGGCAGGCAGUCUUAAUGAUUGUCAAUAAAGUGCUGGAAACUCU